AUGCACUCAAAAGUACAGUCUCAGCGCAACUUCGAGGAAAACGAACCAGAAUCUCGCUAUGUCAGCAGUGGCAAACGUUGCUCAAUUCAACGACGCUGCUUGUCUCUGGCUGCCGGUGAACAAAUUCUUCAACAGAAUGCUUCUAGAAGGCUUUACAGGCAGGCUUCGGUCGAUGAAACCUCCGAAGAUGUAGUAGGCAGCUGCAAAUAUCAGCCUAACACCACUGCAUCCAGUGCCGUAAUGGCAAAACUCCGGAAUUUUCGUCGUCAACUAUACAUCCACGUACUUGAAAGUGCCGCUCUCUCAAAUGACUUAUCCCGUGCUUUGCCACGUGACACAGUCUGUGAUCUGUACUUCGGAGAUCUGGGAACCACGUCUCCAAGGCCCAGCACGACCGUCCAGCCCUUCCAUCAGUCAGUCCUACGAAAGACCAGCAAGUCAAUAAAUGAUCCCACUGACUCAGUGCGUAAACAGAUGUCUGGCGCAAUCUGUGGGAAUUCUCCGAUUCACAAGAUCCGAGCAUGUGCAUCACGCAAAUGCCAUUCCCAUACCCAAAGUGACCAAUUUUCUAUAACAUCAUUAGCCAGUGGACCUUGUGAAGGUAAACGUGCGAUGAGGUCGGUGUCGGUCUGCGAUAACAAGUGCCUAUCCCGUAUCGAGACGACUCCUAGUUCAGUCGCCUCCUCGCGGCCGAAGUCUUUUUCAGAUGACGCCUACAUACAAAAGUGCAUCAAAAAGCAAUACACAUGUGUGGAAGAUAAAUCGAAGUCCGUACGAACAUUCCUAGGUGAAAUGCAAGAGGAACCUGAGGCACUGGUGUCGAGCAAUGCACCAACGUGCCAUCAAAGGCAUCAUCAGAAGAAAAAAUCGCAUUCCAAAUUUCGGGAGAUUGAGUACGAUGAAGGCGGACGGACCUGUGAGGUUUAUGGCGCCGAACAGGAUGCCAGCGCUCUCGGAAAGGCCAUCGAAGCUCAUCUGGAACAUUUGAUGCAAAAGACGCAAGACAAACAGAAAGCCUGCAAUUCGUUGGACAAUCUGAACCCAGAUGAACGUACGUCAGGACAAUCGAGUCCUGCUCAGCUUCCGUGCAAAGAGCAGCUUUCGGGACGUCGAACCAACCAAAAAAGAGUUGCGUUUCAGAAAAGAGCCGUAUCGCACGCUCAGCAUGCAGGCAACGUUUCUCAAUCAGAUGAAGAUGAACACAUUGAGCACCAUGGUCAUAAAGGGAAGAUGCUCAGCCGAAUAAAUCGACUUCUUCACCGUUCAUUUGCGUCCACCUCAAAGGACCAUACGGUACCAUCGGAUCUACAGACGUUUUCGCCCAUAGACGGUGUCCGACCCAAGGACGAAAUUGGAAGUGUGCCUAUGAAAUGUACACUCUCAUCUGUGCCACCGGCUACGGCGAGUAAUACUGAUAAAAUUCUCGUUUUUGCCAGUUCCUAG